GUGACGCGCACAUCAUCCACCUGACAUCGUUUCAUAUGGAAUGACAUUUUAGUUGUUGGUAUUUUACGGCUGUCUGUCAAGGACAUUUUAUGCCUAAAAAUGUCGAUGUCAACAUUUCAGAAAGUGACGCUGGUGACUUGUCUCGUUCUGUGCGUUGCUUUACUUCUUCCUAAAAUGCUGUUGUCCCGUGGGAAGAAGGAUGCUGCACACACUGAAGGUAGUCCAGGACGCUUUCCACCGAUGGUGCAUCGGCAAAUGGCUCCGGACAGCCAGGGACAGAGCACUUUGGGGUCCCAGUUCUCCAGGAGCCACAACACUGAGGCCAUAGCUAGGGCUAAGGGAGGAGGCACAGGUGCAGGAACUGGAGGGAAAUCCAACCUGGCUGGACAGAUUAUACCAAUCUAUGGGUUUGGUAUUUUGAUGUACAUUCUCUACAUAUUAUUCAAGAUUACAUCAAAGGGGAACACCAAACCAACAGAGACCAAAUUUCCAUCAGUUAGAUCUGAAAACCUGAAGAGAAAGAUCACUGAUUUUGAGUUGACUCAACUGCAAGAGAAACUGAAAGAGACAGAAAUGGUAAUGGAGAAGAUAGUCUCCAAGGCUAGCCACAGUCCAGAGAGGGUACGGGGUGUUAGUGCAGACCAGGAGGAGACUCUGCUUCUCCAGCUGAGAGAGAUCACUCGGGUCAUGCAGGAGAGGCAUCUGGUGGAGGGGGUUGCUCCAGAGAAGAAGGCUGAAGACUGGGAAGGUUUUCCCGAGGAUCCCCAUCAAUGUUGGGAGAUGCCUUUUUGUGGAUACAACACCCAACAGUACAGCCCAGAGGAGGAGGCAGAGAGGACAGAACCAGGUGGGGUUGACCAGGAAGAUGGUGGGACCAACCAGGAAGAAGGUGGGACCUACCAAGAUGAGGCUGCACCUGACCAGGAAGAGUGUGGUGCCUGCCAGGAAGAGGUUGUGGCUCACGCGGAAGGGGGUGUAUCACACCGAGAGGAGAGUGGAGUUGACCGGGAGCAGGGUUAUGUCGUAGACAAUAUGGGAGGGGCUUGUAAAACGGGUGUUUUGAAUGAUAGAGGAAAGGAAGAAGAUAUCGCUGGAGAUGAGGAAUGUUGGGGUCAGGAGGGUGUGAGUGUGAUGGGUGAAGACAAUGUAGAUGAAGAGAAAAUGGGAGGGGGCAAGGAUCAAAUCGGUGUGGCCACAGAUGGAAUUAGUUUGGAUCCGGAGGAGCUGGAGUUGACGUUGGAGAUGUCCAAUAUGCAGGAGCCGGAGGAAAAAAACACUGUCCAACUUCCAAAUGAUACUUCUACUAGCAUCACUCGUAUUAGAAGGCGGCAUAAGAAGAAAACACAAUGCUCAGCUUUCGAAGGGUAACUGAACUCAAAGUGUAAGUGGGCCCAAUAAUCCUGAGCCGUGACACCUUUCUAUCUUACCCACAUCCUCACAACUAUGUAGCAUCAAGUUAGGUCCUUCCAAUUUGUUACCAAACAUAGAGAUGGAAGCUAUUUACCACUUCUCUUCCUCUGGUGGGACUUUAAUGAUUAUUAGAUGCUGUGGUUGCAGUUCUAUCUCUGCAUGGCAAAACAGUUCAAGCCCUUCAUGUUCUAAGUUAAUUUCACUAUCUAGGAUCUUCUCAUCAUUCCUGUCUCAAAUCACCUUUAGAUAUGACUCAGGACGUUUGUAGCUUACAUUGGAGCUUAGUAUUUUUACUCACAAUUGGGACUUUUUUUCCUGAAGCACAGCUACAGAAAAUAUCUUCUAACCCUUUUAUGAUUACUUGAUAGCUACUCUGCACUAUAAUGCAAUGUAUUUUAAGAUUCUCACUUUUAUACACUUUAUUUUGUAUGGAUAAAUGUAGCUGCCCUUCAUAUCAAUGUUAGAGAAAGUCACUAAUGCGGAGUAU